GGGGAGAGAUUUCCGCUUUGGGGUCAGAGAGUCUAGCUUGAGGUCCUGAGGUUGCUGCUGCCCAGUUCCUGCUCAGUGGUCACGUCUCCACCUAUUCCCCCUCUCCCACAUCCCAGGUCGGCUCUGCUCCCAGUCGGGCUCUAGUCGCCAUGGCUCCCCGCGCGAGGAAGAGGAAGGCCGAGGCCUCAGUGGUCGCGACGGCCGAGAAGCAGGAGAAGCUGGAGAACGGUGGGGAGGGAGUGGAGGAGGCGACCGUCGUGAUCGAGCAUUGCACGAGCUGACGCGUCUAUGGGCGCAACGCCGCGGCCCUGAGCCAGGCGCUGCGCCUGGAGGCCCCGGAGCUUCCAGUGAAGGUGAACCCUUCCAAGCCCCGGAGGGGCAGCUUCGAGGUGACGCUGCAGCGCCCGGACGGCAGCAGUGCGGAGCUCUGGACUGGGAUUAAGAAGGGGCCUCCACGCAAACUCAAAUUUCCUGAGCCUCAAGUGGUGGUGGAAGAGUUGAAGAAGUACCUUUCGUAGGGAGUUUUGGGCCGAAGUCCUCAUGCUGAGCUUUCUGUCCCUGGUGAUGUUGGAGCAUUUAUGACGGGACAUGGCCAAACUUCAGUCAUGUGCCUGAAGCCAUGGUUUCUUCCCCUCCAGAAAUGAUGGUUCAGAUGUGAGGCAACCCUCUAAUAAGGCAUUGGAAAAGUUACUGGAAUUGGUUUGUUUUUAAUAAAAGUUGAAAUAAA